UGACAGUUUCCAUCAUUGCUUGCUACACACCAUCAGAAGCCACAACAGUUGUCACAAGUGGAACAGUGCCACCAACUAUCUCUGGCUCAACUCCAUCGAUCACCAUCAGCACUGUCAUAACGGGAACUACGCGAACAUCAGCGACAGCUGUAACGUCAGCUAGUUUAGCCACUGGACCAACAGCUACUACAACCACAGUUAUCUGCCCGCUUACAGAAGGUAUGUUUCGUUUAAAUGUAAAAAGACGUCGCUUUGUUGCUGCUGAAGGAGUUCUGUAA